GUCUCCAUAUAGCAUUUUAUGUUGAAGAGUAUUGUAGAAAAUACAUAAACGAUGUUACGUUUGUUAUUGAUUCUUGUGGUUACUAGUUUGACUCUAGCAGUCCCGCACGAGAGACUGCUUGCGCAGAGGAGUUCGACGAGCAUAUACAAACUUGUGGACAGCCCAGUAAACUGGUAUGAAGGUAAAGAAAGUUGUGAAGCUAUGGGUUGUGUACUAGCACAACCCAAAUCUGAGCAAGAAUACAACGCUAUAUUUGCUUUACUCCCAACAUCAGAAUUCUAUUGGAUUGGGGUGACCGAUUUAGACCACGAAGGGCGAUUCACUUACGACACUGAUAAUCAAGACAUUGUUUACAAUAAUUGGGAUUUAGAAGAGCCAGAUAAUGACAAUGGAGAGGAGCAUUGUGUUGAUAUUAGUUUUAGCAACACGUAUUGGUAUGACUACAACUGUAACCUUCAGGACGAUGGUGCAGUCUGCGAAUGCCCUCCUGAUGGUGUGAGAGGUGAUCCUCAUAUGAGGACAUUCGAUAGUCGUGCAUAUACAUUCCAAGGAACAGGCUGGUACAUUCUCCUAAAGGACUGCACCAACAAGCCUCGUUUUGAAGUCACAACUAAGUUUGAACCAAGAGAAGACAGUACACCAGACCAAGUUAGAACAAUAACUACCACAUUCAAUAUAACUGUUGGAAAUCAAUAUGCGGUCGUUAAUGGACUGGAUGUUACAACAGGAAGUACAGAUGGACAAAUGACUGACGAUAAAGUUAUAACAAUCCAGGAAGAGGAUAAGAAUAUUAAACUGUACUUCACUUCGAAAGACACGACAUUCACUUUUAAUUGGACUCUGCGAAAUCAUGCAUUGGAUGUAUCUUACAAUGGUUCGUUUUACAAUGGGAAGCUAUGCGGUCUGAUGGGUAAUGCAGAUGGUGAUACUCGCAAUGACUUCCAGAAACCAGAUGGUAGCAUUACCAAAGACGUUAAUGAAUUUGGUGAAAGCUGGAAAGUGAAUGACAAAAAACGUUUCUAG